AUGCAAAUUGAUAAACCGUUAACAACUAACAAUAUCAUAGUAGAUUCUUUAUCAUUUUCAAUUAGCUCUCAUUCACAAGCAACAGAUGAUAAUUCCUCAUCACGAACCCAUCAUUUACGCAAGUUCCACGGUGCAGACACUAUUUUACGCAGAAUUAAAAAGAAAGCACCAAACAAACAUCUUACAGCUAAAGCGAAACGACGUCAAACAAAAGGAUUAAGAAGAGCUUUAAUGAACAUCGAGAAGGAAGAAGUUAAAAUUGCCAAAAUAAGUGACAAAAUUACUUUGAAAAAAAAGAUUAAAAACAUUUGGGGUUAA